GAACAAGAUGUAGCGGCACACGCGAUCCUUGAAUGCCAGGAAUUCUGGGACUCCCGUGACAGCAUAUGCCCACCUGUCCCUCAGCCAUUCGAUUUCAUCAGCCUCAUUUAUGCACUGGCCCACGAAUCAGUCGUACGGCAGGCACCUGACGGACGGCUGAGCGUCCUCCUGAACGGAGACGGCUCGACUGAUCCAGGUGCUGCUGAUCCUGCCAGCAUGGGUAACGUGAUCUGCUGGCUACUCGCAGGAGGAGGAGGAACGCAGGCGACACGAUCGACCGGAGUGGACUCCUUCCACGCGGCUAGGAACGCGGCGAGCUCUACGCUGCGCGACGCAGUGGAGAAGCAGUAUCGCUACAUCAUAAUGAGUUGUCCCCGUGCUUCGGGAACGUUCUCACACCGCAUCGACUGCAAGCAGAUAUGGUCCGAAACGGUGUACAUGCUCCCGCCCUUUCUUGUGCUGCAAGCUCCGAGUGGGGAGUGGUCACACAUCUAUGACUUCGAUGCGCAAGACUUCAAGCGAAAGGCGUGGUGGGGCGUCGGGAACGGCUGGGCGUGCUGCGGCAUUGUCAGAGUGCUCGGCAUGCUCGUCCGCCCUCAGGCUGCGGAGACGAGCCGAAACAACGUCGACCGGCGGUUUGAGCUCUCUAGGACGAUCGCGGGCAACGCAGCGAAUAUGCCGCUCAUCCGACAGUGCGGCUCGAUACUCCUGUUGACUCUCCGCGCGUGCUUAAAACACAUGCGGCCUGAUGGGCUCUUUCACGACAUCCUGGAUGACCGCUCAACGUUUGUCGAGACGAACCUGCCCCAGAUGCUCGCCUACACUAUCUUCUGCCUCGCCCUCCUCCGCAGACACGCUUCGGGGUUCCAGUUGUCGGGCCCGUGCUACCUACCGGAGCUCGGCGACGAUGAGAUGAACGGGUGGCUGCAUACGGCGGAGCAGAUGCGCAAGGUGGCAGCAGUGGGUAAGAGGGAUGGGUGGGGCUUCGCGCGGGACGUUUGUGGGAGCCCCCGUUUCGACAAGGCAGGUACUGUGGCGGAAGGCCAGGCAUGGGCGAUGAUGAUGGAGGUUGCGCGAACAGAGUGGCGGCUGGUUCGAUCGAGGGUGCCGCCGAUAGAGAGCGGCUUGUUUUCGUCGAGCGAGCCUUCAGUGAGAUUAGUUCGAUAUCCCGUCGUCGCGGUAAUCGACGUGUAA